AUGCCCCCAAAAAGAGAGAACCCGGAAGUCGCACGACUCGUGUGUGAGCAACUCUUAGCGGCACUCCCUAACAUAGUCAGUCAGGUGGUUGCUGGUCUGAAUGCUAACCAACUAAACAAUCCAGAGCCGAGGGUGGCUAGGGAAUUCACUUAUAAAUCUUUUAGAUCUUGCAACCCGAAAGAAUUCUAUGGAAYCGAAGGAGCAGUAGGAAUAUUAUCAUGGCUCAAGAGCAUGGAAUAUGUUCUUCACAUCAGUAAAUGUACUAAAGGAAACAAAGUAGAAUAUGGUGCAUAUUUGAUACAAGGAAGGGCACUUGCCUGGUGGAAUACAUUGGUACAAUCUAGAGGACGAGAGGCAGCUAAUCAGCUUACAUGGCAAGAAUUCAAGAAGCUACUCAAGGAUGAGUAUUGCCCAAGGAGUGAACUCCAGAAGCUGGGAUUUGAGCUGUGGAAUCACGAAAUGAAGGGAGCAGAUAUAGAUGGUUAUACUUCUCGAUUCCCGAAUUAG